GAGAGAGUGAGUGGAAGGAGCAUUACGUGCAUGAGAGAGAAGGAUUUGGAGGGACAAUCCCGGUAGACUGAUCUCUCCUUAGCAAUCCGAGGAUGUAGUAGAAUUCUGGCAUUUAUUUAAUAAAUGACAUUGAUAGAGACUCUAACGAACUCUACGUACUAUAAACGAUAUACGUUUAUAGGUUAAAAGACAAUUUUAUAGGUUACAUUGUCUACAUUCUUUUGAAGAGGUGAUUGUUAACGCCAGAAAAAUGGAUAGUAGUACAGAUGAAGAUAGUGUUUUGGGUAGUGAGGAUAUUAAUCCUAGAACAGUAACUUCAUUUCAUAGUUAUUCUCAGCAUCAUUCAAGUGACAAAGAUUCUGAGUUUGCUGAGAUACAUUCUAAAAUGCCUGCUUUUGAUAAUAGUUUCAGUUAUUCAAAUCGCAAAAGAAAAAUGUAUUCCUUCUCUUCUGAUGAUGAUCAACAAUAUAGUAACACACAAUAUGAUGAGAUAAAUACUAGCAAUCAUGACGAAGGUACGCAUAAAAGCAGUACUAAAAGAAGAAAAAGACGAGAAAGCAGUAAUAUUAUUGACAAUACAAAAGGAGAAAAAUAUACCCAAGAAAUUGAAACAGCAGACAAUAUAAAUACUGAUGAAAGUGAAAAUAGUCUACCACAUUUGGGAAUAGCUGAAAAAAUGAUGAAAAAUAUGGGAUACCAGCCAGGAAAAGGUUUAGGAAAACAUAGCCAAGGUCGUGUAAAACCAGUGGAAGCAGUAACACAACAUGGUCGAAGAGGAUUUGGACAUAUUAUACCAGGACUUGAAGAAGCAAGUCUCAAAUGGAAUCCUGAAGAAGAAGAAAUAAAAGUCAUAGAAGACAUCGAGUGGUUGCAAAAUAUCAAUACUUCUGUACUUACAGCUAAAAAUAUGACAGAUUGGAUUAAGUUGGGGCCAAAAAAACAAACUAUAAACGAUGAAACAAUAUUUUGUAGCCCAGAGAUUGUGGAGCAAGUUGUCAAAUCGAAAACUAUAUUUGACGAAUUAGACAAAGUUGAAUUGCGCAAAGCGAGAACUCGUUCAAAUCCUUACGAAACAAUUCGUAGUGCAAGCUUUUUGAAUCGUGCGGCCGUUAAAAUGGCAAACAUAAAUAGAGCAUGUAAUUUUAUGUUUACUGAUCCAAAGGACUCUAAUGCAGAUCCCAAUGACCUAUUGUUCUUCGCAGAUGUGUGUGCUGGCCCAGGUGGUUUCAGUGAAUAUGUUUUGUCAAGGAAGAAAUGGCACGCCAAAGGAUUUGGAUUCACUUUGAAAAAUGAAAAUGACUUUGCAUUGGAUGAGUUCUUUGCUGGACCAUGCGAAACAUUUCAUCCUUUUUAUGGAUCUAAAGAGAACGGAGAUGUAUUUGAUCCAAAGAAUCAAGAGGAAUUUAAAUCAUUGGUGAUGAAACAUACAUGUGAUAGAGGUGUACAUUUUAUGAUGUCAGAUGGAGGAUUCUCUGUGGAAGGUCAAGAAAACAUACAAGAGAUUCUAUCAAAGCAGCUAUAUUUGUGUCAAUGUCUGGUAGCAUUAAUGAUAGUAAGAUCAGGUGGACACUUUGUAACUAAACUGUUUGACCUGUUCACACCUUUUAGCGCUGGACUUGUCUACCUAAUGUACAGAUGUUUCGACAGUGUUUGUAUUUUCAAGCCUAAUAGUUCUAGACCAGCCAAUUCAGAACGUUAUUUAAUAUGCAAAGGGAAAAAACCUGAUAUACAAGCAGUAACAGAAUAUCUUUCACAUGUUAAUAAUCUACUUUUAACAAGAAAUGAUAACAAGGAUGUAAUUGAAAUAGUACCACUUGAUAUAUUAGAGGCGGAUACGGCGUUUGUAACAUAUUUGAGAAACUCCAAUGACUCUUUGGGGAGAAAACAGAUAAUUGGUCUUUUGAAGAUUGCAGCCUUUUGCGAGCAUCCAACAUUGAUUGAAUCAAGGCAAGCGGAGAUGCGAAAGGAAUGCUUAAAAUAUUGGGAAGUACCUGAUAAAAGUCGCGUAAGACCACAAACUGUUAAACCACAAGAUAAGAUAAAGGAGAUUUUAAACAAUUCCAUAGAGUUCCUUGGAAGCGAAGCAAAGAAACUGACUAACGAUAAUAUAAAAAAUACUAUAUUAAAUCAACCAUAUGAUUGGUAUUGCAUGCCCUGCUCUUCUGGACCUUAUGUUGAAGAGGAUAAAGUAGCAACGUUUUACUUGGGCCUAGGAAGAAGGAAGGUAUUUCGUUACGUGAAAGGCAAGUGGCACUCUAUUGGAGAUGUGAAAAUAGAGCUACCACCUGAUACUCUUGUAUAUGCCGAAUUGGUAUAUGAUACAAAAUGGACAGGAAAAUAUUUUUCCAAAACGCGUUCACUACACAUUUUGGACGCUUACAUGCUUGGGGGAGAAGAUGUGAGCAAACUAUACCUAUCUUGUAGGUAUAAUCUCACGAAGAAAUUUUGCGAUGCACUGUGGAAACCGACUCCAAAUGACUACGUUUGCGUGCGUGCCAAGGAGAGAUUUAUGUUAGGUCCCGAGAUAGAGAACAAAUUGCGGGUUGCACAACGCCGUGUAAAGAGUAUGUCUGUUGCGUUUGAGUUUCCGAAAAAUUUUCUAGAACGUGAUAACGAGAAUGACACAGGACACCUGUAUUCGGCAUUUAACAGUGUCCUUUUCUUAAAAAGUAUCAAUAAUCCUUGGACGCGUUGUCUUAGUCAAAAAACGAAACAUUAUUAUGUUUAUAAUAUAAAAACUGGACUAUCGGAAUAUGAAAUGCGAAACGGAAUAAUUAAUAGACCACCCGAAGCCGGGGCAAAUUUCAUGCAGGCCUUCAGUGAGCGUGUUAUUUGGUAUUGGCCACAUAAUACAUCGGCUGAUAAUACAUUGAAUAUAGACAAUUUAGUUCAGAUGAUCAAGAACGCAGUAAAUGGACCGAAUCGACCGCAAAAUGCUUAAGUAACACAUGAAUUUAUUGUAUACAUUAUAAAUUUGCAUGUAAAUUUAUAUGUAUAAAUUAUAUAUGUAAAGUCUAACUGUAAAUACAUAUAUAUGCAUAUGUAUAUAUAUGUAUAUAAUGUGUGACAGGUAUGUAUAUAAUUUAUCUGCCAUAGAAGAAAUCAACAAUUGUUUGCAAUUAUUUACGUAUAAAUUAUUUGUAUACGCUGGUGUAUAUGUAUAUUUGAUUUACAUAUAAGCGCCAAUUUACCUUUUUAUUUCUUUUCUAAAUUUAAAUCUUAUUUUUUGAAAUAAUUUACUUUUACUUAUGAUGUGCCAUUAUUAUAUCUGGCUGAUAUAUUCAAAAUUUUAUUAAAAAAUACAAAAAAAAUUAGCAAAUUAUAAAAUUACAUUUACAUAAUAGUUGAGCAUAAAACUGUUUGAAAGACUGUACUUUACGAUUUAGGCUUUGUCAUCUUUUAUCAUUUACUUAUUACAUAUAUUUUUUGUACAAUUUCUUUGUAAAUAAAUGUAAAUAUUAUUUAAAAUAAAUGAGACAGUUAUUGACAAAUUCUAAUAAAUAUAUCUUUCAGAAAACGAUUAUCUAAACAUUUUGUUAGUUUUAGUAAGCUUAGAAAUGUAAUAUCUUAUUAAAAGUUAUUGAACUAAA